UGCAGCCUACAGUGAACUCCAUCUCUUGCGCGACUUGUCAACCCUAUAGCCCUCUUCGACUGUCGACGCUUGAGCAGCGCAAUCGCCUCACUCAUGCGUCUUUGCUGGUCACCGGUGGCCGCAGGCCUCUUGGGCCUGCUGGCGGUAAUGAGUGGCGGCGCCUUUGCAGAUCAAGAUAACAUCCCCCACAACGCCAAUCUCCUUGAUGUACUCGCCGCAUCGUCGAACCACACGAUCCUUGUGCGCCUACUCCAGCGCACCAGGCUCAUACCUACGCUCAACAACCUGAUGGAGUUCGGGGACGGUAGAGGCCUCACCAUGUUGGCUCCCACCGACGAGGCCAUCCUGCGCAGGCGAGACAAGGAGCGCGAUGAGCGAGAGGCUCGUGUCUCUUUCACCCCCAAGUACUAUGAGGCCGGCGACGUUCCAUCGUGGGAUAGUGUCAUGGGACGAUGGGAGUGGGCUGUGGCGUUGGCUGGUACUAAUGCUGAUGAGGAUCAACAAGAGGAAGAUCUCGCUGUGCGAGUGUGGAGCCAAUCCCAGGAGCACCGCAUCGAAAAUAUCAACGCUGUGCUACGACAACAGCUCCUCUACCAUGUUCUCAACUUCACGCUGCCGUACGACUUCAACAUGACUGACGAGGGCUCACCGUCUCCGUUGCCCGAGCCCGGUCAGCAUCCGAUCAUGCACACAACGUUGCACCUUCCCUCACGGAGGUUCUUGCACGAGCCCACCAGGCCUGGCCCGAUUCCUCAUCCACCCUCUGAGCCACCACAUCCAGGUGCAGAGGACCACGGCGGCCUGCUGGGAGGACGUGGCCAAAAGUUACGAAUGGCCACGAGAAAAUCGGCAAAAGAGUCGCUCGGUAUCUACUUUGGCACCGACGAUGAAGGAAAGGGAGGAGCAAAGGUGCUUGCGACGGACUCGUCGAGCAAAAAUGGCAUCGUUGUCAGCAUUGACGAUAUCCUCGAUCUACCUCCGGACCUGGCCACGAUCGUUCGAAAAGACUCUCGCCUGCAGCAUCUCGUCGAGCUGACGACGGACAAGAUGCUCCUCACUCUGACCGAGACGGCCCACGCUACAUUUUUCCUGCCCACUGCAGAGGCUUUCGAAUCGCUCACCGAUUUGGAAAAGACUUUUAUCAUGGGGCCUUGGCAACUCGCACGACAAGAACGUAUCAAGCUCUUGGGCUGGCACAUGAGUGGAAUUGGUGUGGGGAAUGGCAAAGUAGGCUACGGUGAACAGCUUCGAAAGGCCAAUGAGACGCAGAUCACGACGACCUUGGGCGGGGCCGUCACUGUUCGAGUGGAUGACAAGGACAAAAGCUUGACAGUGGACAAGGCCAAAAUAGUCGCUGAGGAUAUUCUGACGGAGAACGGGGUGAUUCACAUUGUAGACUCGCUUUUGCUUCCUUUCGGCGACCUGGCGCUAUCGGUGGAAAAGACACUGCUUGCUCUCAACGCAAGCCGUUUUGUUUCCAUGAUGCACGCAGCCGGCUUGGAAUCGUACAUCAACAAAAAUCCUCACGGCGGUGAAGAUGAAGACGACGAUGAAAAAGCUCUCCCGUGGACUUUCAUGGUGCCUCGUGACGACACAAUCGACAAUUGGUUUGAGAGUCACGCCACUCAAAGGGCUCACCACUUCUCGCGAUGGGGUGUCGACGAAGACGACGCGGACAUUGACAAGCGACCGCCGCUCGAGGAUGUGCUCCGAUAUCACAUCGCGCCCUCGAGCCUGAGCCCUGAAAAUCUGACGAAGGGCAUGCUUGUCGGUACAGAAUUACGUGAUUGGCGUCUGAAGGACGGCCGCCAACGCAUCGUCGUUGCUCUCGAUGAUGACGACGAGGAAGAGAGCAUUCAAGGGACGGCGAGAGCGUGGGGCAAGACGAAGCCACCUCGUCAGGGCAACGGCGAUGUGGCCUUUGGAGACGCUAACGUGAUCGCGACGCCUGUGAAGGUGGGACCGUCAAUCAUCUAUCUCAUCUCAAAGGUCCUCGAACCGCCUUCGAACCCAAUUCAGACGGCCGUGUCCUCAUUGAGUCUGAGCACAUUUGUUGCCACAGUCUUUAGUGCCGAGCUGGACAAGCCCGUCAAGCGCGCACCCGCCAUCACCUACCUCAUUCCUCGCAACGAUGCCUUUGAGGCGCUCGGCUUGGCCAUGCCUUAUUUGCUUCUGGACCGGACCGAGUCUCGUCAAGAGCUUCGCUCGGUGGUCGAGUAUCACGCCAUCGAUAAAAUCGUCUAUACGCCCGACUUUGCCUCUGGCCAGACGCGGUACCCAACUUUGGAGGGAUCUCCGAUCUGGGCCGGGCGAGACGGAAAGGGCGUCGUGGAAAUUAAGCGAGGGACGAGGGGAAGAAACGCUAGGGUGGUCAAGGAUGAUAUCCUGACCUCUACUGGCGUCAUUCACGAGAUUGACCAGGUGGAGUUGCCGCCGACGCUCGACUUGACGAUCGACAAACUUUUCAAGGGGUCAAAGGCAGACACCAUGCGAGAUCUGGUCGUCCAGGCUGGCUAUGGCUGGAUCUUGAACGGGACGAGACCAACAAGCGAGGAGCAGCUCGACGCCCUUCGGUCAAAGUGGGGCGGUAAGAACAGAAAGAGAAAGAGGGACAAGAAGCGUCAUCGUCGAAGGGAACAGCUUUUGACGGACGAGGAUCAGUCCUACGUCGUUCUCUGCCCGACCGAUGCGGCUUUUGCCAAGAUCAACCUGACCACGUACCUGCAAGACAAGGAGCUGCUCGAAAGGCUUGUCUUGCUGCACAUUAUCCCGAGCCCCGCCGACGAUGCCCUACCAUGGGGAAACGCCAAGCAAGUGCCCAUUGGCCUGCAAGAUUCCAAGCAGGUCGAUAGUCUGCUCGACCAGAGCGCUGGUGGGCCCAGCCGGUACGGCAAACUUGCAUUCAGGAAGCUCGAAGUGGCCAAGGAUGGUGCAGACGAUGGCGGAGGGGAUGGAGACGUCGACCAAGGCCUCGGAUGGGUCGUCGGCGUUGCAGACACGCGGGGUACCGACGGAAGGAAGCACAGUGCUCGAAUCCUGUCGUUUGGCAGGGAAUCGUUGGCUGACGAUGUGACGCGCAUGAGCAAGAAGAAGAAGGCUGAUCCGCCCGCGGAUGGACUCCCCAACUCAAGGAGCAUCGGUGGCGUCUUUACGCUCGACGCUGUGUUACAGCCCUAUGAGCCAGGCUGGUUCUAUCGGUGGGGCUGGGUCGCUUUGUCUUCUCUGCUCGCAGUUGUCGUCUUGGCUGGGAUGGGCUACGGUCUGUGGGUCUGGUGGCAGCGCGACGGCCGGAUCAGGCUUCCCGAUGCACUCGAAGGCGAGGAGGAGUAGGGUAGUUCUUUUGUAUAAUAAGAAGCUUCUUUCUACGACACGUUUCCUGCUACAUGAAAUGAUUGACGAAUUAUUGAUGAUGAU